GUUGCAGUUUUUAACUUGUAUGUUUUUCUUAAAUAACAUCUUAAACUUUGAAAGUUAAGGAAAUCACCAUCUAAAUCUAAGUCUGUUCACUUUCUGUUAUUGGGUCCCACAACCAAUGACUAUCGAGUAAAUAGGUCUGGAGGUCCUUAAACUUUGCCAAAAGGAGCAGUUAGGAGAAUUAAUAUACACGUAGAUUAAUGAUUGAAAACAGAUGAUUUUGAUGAAAAGAAGCCUUUUUCAAUUACUUAGCCUUUUCAACAUACUUUUUCAAUGUGUACAUGUGGAAACCCUUCCAACUUCCCUCGUUUUUUCUGGUUCCUUCCUAAUAAUGUUUUGGCGGUAUUUUUUUUUACUGUUCCCAACCCUAUUUUCCCCUUUUCACUUCCUAUUUAUAUGGUCCCCCCAUUUUCACUCUCAGUUGUCUUUUUCCCAUUUACCCACUUAAACACUUGAGAGAAUUUGAAGUUAUUGCUCUGGUGAUUCUGCAAAAAUGGGUUCUUGCGUAUCCAACAAACGUUCUGGUGAUUCCAAGUGGGAAGUUCCCUCCCCCAGGAAGAGAACAAGAAUUUCCAGAUGGGACGAAGGAGACAUUGUUUUAAGGGAGGCACACCCCCUUUGUCAUCAUCAAGACAUCCUCAUCACCCAGAUCUUCACCAAGCUGGAUUGGGAGGGGCAGGAUGCUGUGCAGAUGGUAUGCAAGCAGUGGCGUAGGUGGGCCAAGUUGCGGUACCGCCUCCCAUACCACUACCCUCAAGGAUGCUACCGCGCGUGGCUGCGGGAGUGGGUGAUCAUGGACAUCAUUGACAAUGAUGGUCGUGACUUCCACGCCUGGAUGGACAAGGACAUGACCGUCUACUUUGACGGCUUCCCCCUCCUUUUCAAGUAGGAGGAGUAGCUGGUGGUGGAGGCCAUGCAGGGGUGGGUGGUGGUGGCGCUGGUGGUGGUCCCUCUUUUGUCAAGCUUAUGAUGGUCCAGCUUGUUUAUAGUUUUUUUUAUUUUUAAUUUUCGAGGACAAUUACAUUACUACUGUCAUUGCAAUUAGGUUUUUGUGAAUGUGACAAGUGUUGGUUUUUUGGUAUUUGGCACUGCUAUGACAGUAGUUUAUAUCUAACCGUAGGCUUCUCCCUCAAUAGUGGAUUGAGGUUUGAAAUGUAAGGGUUGAAGCCUACCCUUUUAUAAAUGGAAACUGGAAUUAUCUUGAAUGAAUGAAUGAACUUUUUCCUUUUGUUA